UGCGCAGACUGCGGGGUUUUUCGCCAUUUUGGCUCUCGAUGUGCUAACGGCAGCUGGCUUCUUGUUUGUGCUUCUUCUUUCCUUCUUUCUGUUAGGUUUUCGGUUGUUUUCUCAGCUGUGAUAAUAAAAACCAGCAAAGAGAUACCAGUCCGCCCAGUACGGUUCGACCCGGAGUCUGUCUUCGCCAGAGAGAUGGACGGAGGAGAGGAGGAGUUCAUGUCCGAUGAUGGAGGCGGCACCCCAGUUCAGGAUGAGCAUCCUCAGUCUGAUGGCGAGGAGAUGAGAAGCGACGGCCAACAGUCGGAGGAUGAGGGCAGCAAUGAUGAAGACGCCCCCAAUGCCAUGGAAACAGUUGGGGCUGCCAGCAGCUCAGACACAGAGGACCACCGCAGGGCUGACAGUGACUCCAAUGGCGAGGCCCCCAGGGGCCACGAUGACAAAAGUGACUCUGAGGCAGAGGCUCCGCGGCCCGCCGACAGCGACGAUGAUACUCCAGUCAAACGCAGGAUGAGCGGGUCUGAAAACGAGGAGGAGGAGGAGUCACCAGCGAAAAGAAGGACGAGCGGGUCGGACAACGAGGAAUCCUCUCCAGUCAAACACGGAGCUUCCGACAAUGAGGCGGAGGAAGAGGCGGAGGAGGAGGCGGAGGCGGAGGCGUCCCCCGUCAAGCGCAGAGGGAGCAGCUCAGAGUUGGAGGACGGAGAAGAAGCACCUAAAGCAGCUGCGCGCGGCGACUCUGAGAACAAAGAGGAAAAAGCUGCGGCGUCUCCGGACCGCCGUUCUGACAGUGACUCUGACACAGAGACGCCCGCCAGACGCAAGGCGGCGCAGAUGGACUCCGAGGAGGAGGAGGAGAAACAGGAGGAGGAGGAGGGAGAAAGAGGAGGGAAGUGGAAAGGUGUGAUGCAGUCUGACAGUGAGGAGGAGGAGGAUGCAGGACGAAGGAAGAAAGCUGCAGCUGGAAGUGAUGAAGAGCAGCAUGAUGAGGAGAAGAAACAGAGAGACGACAGCGAUGAAGAGGACGAGAAACCAGUGAAGAGAAAGAAGGCCGUCCUGUCAGACAGUGAAGACGAGGAUGAGGAGAAGGAAGAUAAACCCGCAGUGAAGAAGAGUCGUGCGGUGUCUGACGACGAGAACUCCGGCAGCGAUGACGGUUCCGUCGGUCCGGAUAAAAGCAUGGCGGCCAAACUGAGGGAGCUCGGAUCGGACAGCGGGAGCGACGAGGAGGACGGGGCGAAGCCCACGGCGGGGAAGAAGGACGAGAAGGCGCUGUUCGGUAGUGACAGCGACUCUGGGGAAGACGAUGAAGAGGAGAAAAUGAUCGCCGACAUCUUUGGAGAGUCUGGAGACGAGGAAGGGGAGGAGUUCACGGGCUUCAACCAGGAGGAGCUGGAGACCGACAACAAGCAGCUGAAGGAGCAGCAGCAGGUAGUGGAGGACUCUGACUCUGAUGAGGGAGUGGACCGCAGCGGACAGGACACAAGCUUCAUGUCCGACUUCGAUGUCAUGCUGGCCAAGAGAAAAGCCAUGAACAGCCGGAAGAGGAGACACCGUGACGGAGGAACGUUCAUCAGCGACGCUGACGACGUCGUCAGCGCCAUGAUAACCAAGAUGAACGAGGCUGCAGAGGAGGAUCGGACUCUAAACAGCCAGAAGAAACCGGCGCUGAAGAAACUUACGCUGUUGCCGCAGGUCGUGAUGCACCUCAAGAAACAGGACUUGAAGGAGACCUUCAUCGACAGCGGAGUGAUGUCAGCCAUCAAAGAGUGGAUCAGUCCUCUGCCGGACAAAUCGCUGCCCGCCCUCAGGAUCAGAGAGGAGCUGCUGAGGAUCCUGCAGGAGCUCCCCAACGUGAGCCAGGAAACCCUGAAGCAUAGCGGGAUCGGACGGGCCGUCAUGUUCCUCUACAAACAUCCCAAAGAAUCCCGAGCCAACAAAGACCUCGCUCUCAAGCUCAUCAACGAGUGGUCGCGACCGAUCUUUGGAUUGACGUCCAACUACAAAGGAAUGACGAGAGAGGAGCGUCAGCAGAGGGACCUGGACCAGCAGACGCCUCAGAGACGGCGGCUGAGUGAGCCUCAGAAGGUGGAGAGGGCGGAGGAACCCGACGUCUUCUCUCCACCAACCAGCUCUGGAGGUCAGACGCCCCGCAGAGACCUGGAGAAGCAGCUCACAGGAGAGGAGAAAGCUCUGCGACCCGGUGACCCUGGGUUCUGCGCCCGGGCCCGUGUUCCGAUGCCCUCCAACAAAGACUACGUGGUCCGACCCAAAUGGAACGUGGAAGGGGAUUCCAGCAGGGGGCCGGUGAAGAAGGGUCUGUCCCGGGUCGAUAAACAGAUGCGUAGAUUUGCGGACAUCCGGCGGCUGACGAAGACGGGUCACGCUGUGAAGAUCAGCGUAGAAGGAAACCGGAUGCCGCUCUGAUAGUGUUUGUAUUUUUUUAGGAAUUCUUCUUCGUGGUUUUGUUUUAACGUUGUUCCUCUGAACAGUCGCUCCCUCCUCAGGUUCAGCUCUGCCUCUCAAAGGGCUUCUUAAAGAAUGUGAUUUUCUGCUGUAAACUUUUCUGGUCUGAACAAAUUCAAUAAACUCCCCAACAUGCCGUCAACAA